AUGUACUCCAAUUCCAACUCUUUCAUCGGCGGCGGCAACAGUCUGCGCCCCGGUCCUCAGCAGUAUGGCAGCUCCUUCGGUAUGGGGCAACAGCCUCAGCAGCAGCAACAACAACCUGGACAGCAGCCGAGUCCGUUUGCUCCCCAGCCCACGGGCUUUGGUCAAGCUCCCUUGACGCAGCAGUACACUGGCUUUCCGGGUCAGCCAGGUGGCAUGAUGCAACCGCAGGCGACCGGUAUGCCCCAGCAGCAGCAAGGCCUCCAGCCGCAAUUUACUGGCUAUCCGGGCCAACCUCAACCGCAACAGAGCUUCCAGACCGGCGCUCCUCCGAUGCCACAGAUUCCCCAGCAGUACCAGCAGCAAUUCAACCAGCAGCAGCAGCAGCAACAACAGCAGCAGCCGCAAAGCAGCUUCUCUGCGCCGGCUCCUCAGCCGGCGCCGGGCAUCCCGCCCCCUCCCUCCAAGCCCAUGACAGCACAGCCGACUGGCUUCUCCGCCAUGGCAGCUUCUUUCAAGACCGGCGGAGCUCAGAGUCAACCGACAGGCCGAAGAGCCGAGAAAAAGCCCUCGAACAAGAUCCCCAACAUUCGGUUGUCGUUUAUUACCGCGCAAGAUCAAGCCAAAUUCGAGACCCUCUUCAAGUCGGCAGUUGGCGAAGGUCAAACUACCAUGUCGGGAGAGAAGGCAAGAGAUCUGCUUAUCCGAUCGCGGCUGGAUGGCGAUUCAUUGUCGCACAUCUGGACACUUGCCGAUACGACGCGAUCUGGUGAGCUACACUUUCCAGAGUUUGCUCUGGCCAUGUAUCUGUGCAAUUUGAAAAUGGUGGGCAAGCAGAUGCCUGCAACGUUGCCCGACAACAUCAAGAACGAGGUUUCUAGCAUGGUAGAUAUCAUCAAUUUCAGCAUCGCCGACGAUGCUGCAGGUUCAGGGGCUGGUGCUACAAAUGCCCCAGAAUUCACGGUGACCAAUACUUCCGCGCCGCCGACGAUUGUGCAGCCGCAGCCGCAGGCAUCCAACUCUCAACUGCUGCAAUCUCAGAUGACGGGUUUCCCUGGCGGCCAGUUGAGCAGCCAGGUCACUGGUUACCCAGGUCAGUUUCAAGGCUUGCAGCCUCAGCAGACCGGCUUUCCGGGUACAAACCCCCAAGCUACUGGUUAUAACGGACCCCUUCCUCCCAUGCCGCCCAUGCCCACUGGUUUCGCUGGUGGUUUAGGCGCACCGGCGGCGCCUCUCAAUGCCCAGCCUACUGGUAUGCCUGGACAAUGGGGUCUAGUCAACACUCCUGCCAGUGGACUGCCCAACAUUGAUGCCUUGAAAGCUCAAAUGAUGCCGCAGCAGGGUCGUGAGCAGGGCGGUUUUACUACUGCAGGCUUAUCCGGCAAUGCUGUGAUCCCUUGGGCCAUCACCAAAGAUGAGAAGAAACUCUACGAUGAAUUGUUCCGAGCCUGGGACGGUCUCCACAAGGGCUAUAUUGGUGGAGACGUAGCUAUUGAGAUCAUGGGACAGAGUGGUUUGCAGAAGCCAGACCUCGAACGGAUUUGGACGCUGGCAGAUCAUGGAAACAAGGGUCGGCUAGACCUCGACGAAUUCGCCGUGGCCAUGCACUUGAUAUACCGAAAGCUCAAUGGCUACCCUAUUCCCAACAAGCUGCCCCCGGAAUUGGUCCCGCCAUCCACAAGGAAUUUCAAUGAAGCCCUCGGCACUAUGAAAGGCAUGCUCAACCAGGAGGCUGAUUUCAGGAAGACCUCCGGUGCUUCUCUACUUCCUCAAAAGACUGGAGUCAGCUACAUGAAGAGCCAUUCACUGCGCGGUACUCCUGGUUCGUUUGGAUCUGCUGGACGCAAGGAUGCUACCGUCUUCAAGAAUGAUGACGACAAUGUUGGCUACAAGUCUUCAGCGCGUCGCCGUGUGGGCAACCAAUCACCAAGACCCGAAUCACCAGCAUCUGUUACUUCGAACGAUGAACUGAGUCUAGAUCAGCUCCGGAAGAAGAUCAAGGAGAAGCAAGUCCUUCUGGAUGCUAUGGACUUCAAGGAUGAGUCCGCCCUCGAGGAAGACGAUAUUCUUGACAGGAGAGAUCGCCGUGAAGCUGAUGAGCUCUACCGCAGAAUCAGGCGUAUUCAGGAUGAUAUUGACGGUCAUCCUGAUGCAGCUUUGGCUAGCGGAGAUUCCGAGGCCGAGAGGCGCUCUAUGAAGCGUCAGCUCCAGAAUCUCACUGACAAGAUCCCUCAAGUGGCCUCUGAGGUUCGUAGGGUUGAGAAAGCCAUUGCUGAUGCCAAGCUAGAGCUUUUCCGCCUAAAGGAUGCCAAGGCACACCCGAAUAGCGCUUCGAAUAUUGUAGGAACUGGACCAGGUGGCGCAAUUACCGAGUCAGACAGACUCAAGGCCCGAGCCAAGGCCAUGAUGCAGCAGCGCACUGCUGCACUGACUGGAAAGAAGAUUGAUGUCAGCGGCGACGACUCUGAUGCCCCUAAGCGCUUGGAAGAGGAGAAUAUCAAGAUUAGAACCGAGAAAGAAAACAAUGAACGCUUGGUUCGCGAAGUUGAAGACAGCGUCAGAGACUUUGCCCGUGGCAUAGAAGACGGCCUGAAGGAAGGUGGACAGACUUCUGCUAAUGAGCACGAGAAGCGAAGAUGGGAGGAUGCUCUGGGCGUUGAAGAUGAAGUCCGUGACUUUAUCUUCGACCUCCAGCGUUCCAGCCGUGCUGCUCGCAUUCGGAGUCAGGACCGUAGCGGUGGUCGACCUGCCACUGCCGAGCCCGUGAGGGCUGAGGCGCCACCCCGAAUCGACAGCCCAAGCUCCGUUGCACGGACAGAGACUCCUCCCGCAGGAGCAGGAGCUAAGUCUUACUCGUCCUACAAGACUCCCGAGGAGCGAGCUGCAUUCAUUCGGCAACAGGCAGAGCAACGUAUGGCCGAGCGCCUAGCAGCACUAGGCAUCAAGGCGCCAUCCAAGCCUGGCGAGACUGCGGCACAGCGUAGCGAGCGAGAGAAAGCCGAGCGCGCUGCCAAGCUCAAGCAGGCAGAAGAGGAAGAUGCCAAACGCGAAGCCGAGAGACAGGCACGUCUUGCUGAAGAGCAAGGUGUACCCCCUCCUGCUGCCAAAAAGCCACCGCCACCUCCAUCCAGAGGACGAAAGGCCGACGAUGCUACUGCCAAGCAAGUCGCUGAAGAAGAAGCCGCGAAGAAGGCUGAGCAGGAACGACUCGAGAAGGAACAACAAGAGGAGAGACAGGCAGCUGAAGAGCUUGAGUCACAAGCGAAGCAGCAAGAAGAUGAGCUUGCUCACGAGAGAGAUGCCGCUGAUGCUCGUCUUAAAGCCCUGGAGGAGCAGGUGAAGCAAGGAAAGUUGAAGAAGGAAGAGGAAAAGAGGCGGAAGAAGGCUGCUUUGGCCGAGGCCAAGGACAAGGAGGCCAAGCUUGCUGCUCGUCGUGCCGAGAUCGAGGCUGCGCGCCAGCGUGAACUUGAACUUCAACGACAACUUGAUGCUAUGGACGACGAUGAUUCCUCGUCUGAUGAUGAGGGACCUGAACAGAUCACACCCCAGGCCUCGACACCCACGCACGAACCGGAGCACAAGUCCCCGCCACCUGCUCCAGCAGCCCCAGAACCUCCAGCUGCCCCGGCGCCGCCAACCAUCGUGGCAAGUCCUCCGACGGAGACCGAGAGCAAGAACCCCUUCUACCGCAUGAUGUCAAGCGACAACACUACCGCUCCUGCGGCUGCUCCCCCAGCACCGCCAGCCCCUGCUCAGCCCGAGGUGUCCACAAACCCCUUCCAUCGUAUGACCCAGGAGAAGGCUUCUGCUCCUGCAGCUGCUCCUGUAGUCCCUCAGCCUACUGGAAACUUCUCCCGCAAGCGACCUGACACGGAUGAUGAGUGGGGUUCCGGCGACGAUGAUGACGAGGAGGACUCGGAUGACGACCGCCCCGCUGCUGGUGCUGCGCAUUUGGCUUCUCUCUUGUUUGGCUCCAUGGGCCCGCCUCGACCUUUAUCAGCUGCUGGGAACAGGUCUAACACUGCGUCUCCCGCUGUUGCAUCGCCGGCGAUCGCCUCGCCGCCUCCGCCUCCUCCUGCGCCUCCCAUGAGCCCGCCGGCUGAGACGACCAUUCCGGAUGAGUCGCCUUCCGCACCACCCCCUCCACCGCCCAUGCCCGAGGCCAGUCCUUCUGCUCCUCCGCCCCCGCCCCCGCCCAUGCCACCAACCGGCGCACCCGAUGCACCACCUCCUCCCCCUCCUCCUAUUCCUGGCAUGGCUCCCCCGCCGCCGCCCCCUCCGCCUGCUGCUGGCGACAUGCCAGCACCGUCUUCGGGCGGAAGACCAGCCGGCUUCCUCGGCGAAAUCCAGGCAGGCCGAGCUCUCAAGAAGACGCAGACUAAGGACAAGAGUGGUUCUUCUCUGGCAGGUCGAGUCCUUGACUAG